AAUUCUUCAUAGACUGACAACAACAGCGUAGGACUAUCCGUCCCUCAGACACUCUCAUCGUCACUCGAAGGUCUCUCUCCAUAACAACAAGGAGACCAAAAUCUUGGGCUUCUCCAUGUGGAGCUUCCGGCCAGUGCUUUUGCAUGUGGAGUUUGUCCCAGCAAAGUAAUUCCAGUUAUUUGGCCGACACCAAUUUGCAAGCUCCAUAUUCCAUGCCUUUCUUGUUCGUGACAAGUAAUUGAUGAUUACCAAAUGGCCACCCAAUGAUAAACUCAUAGCAUGGAAUUGCACCAGCUAUUUGGAUAUGGUCUGACUGAUGCUGGCUUAAAGUGCUCAUCUUCUCACCCUACAGUUACAUCAACACCUAACAGGUCAUUAAACUCCUUGAAAUUUGAUAUUGGAAGUUCUCGUUUGCCCUUCUCAAGUCAACUCGAAAGUGAGACCCUACCUCCACCGAGAGACAAACGAGAGCAGCAGAGCUCUGCAGAAAAUCUUUCCAUAAGUAGCGCUUCUUGUAACUACACCCUUGAAACCAACAGCAAUCUCGUUUGUUCAAAAUCCGACUUUUUCAUUGACCCUCUUUCAAACCACGUUAUGUCAGGCUCUGAUUUGACGUCGUUGUCAGGAAGUUUGAAUAGUAGCCCAUGGAUGAAAUUUGCUACAAGGGAAUUAGAGGCUACUUUUGAUGAUGUAGUAACAUCGCCAUAUAUUUCUUAUUGGAAGGGUAGCAUUCCACUUGUUCAGGGUCAAAAACCUAACAAGCGGAGCCAAGAGUGCUAUAGGUUGUGGUCUAGUCAGCCUCAAGCAUCUGUUGCUUUAAGACAUAGGCAAUUUAACGAAAAUACUCUAUUGGAGAAAUGGCACAAAGCAAUUGAUGAAUCACUGGUACGCAGUCGUCUAGAAGAUGAGAUAAGGCACUUGCUGAUUGAGUGUGCAAAAGCCUUGUCAGAGAACAAUACAGAUGAAUUCGAUAAGUUGGUCAGGAAGGCUUGGACUGCAGUAUCAAUAUGUGGAGGGCGAAUUCGGCGUCUAGGUGCUUGCAUGGUAGAAGGGCUCGUAGCAAGGAGGAUAUCUUUAGGAACACAGGUUUCCUGUGUCCUUAAAUGUAAGGAGCCACAAAGCAAAGACUGGCUCACCUACAUGCAUGUCUUGUAUGAAAUCUGCCCUUACUUGAAGUUUGGUUGCAUGGCAGCUAACGGAGCUAUUGCGGAAGCUUGCAGAAAUGAUGACCGCAUCCACAUAAUAGACUUUCGAAUCGCUCAGGGAACUCAAUGGGUCACUCUACUUCAGGCGCUCGCGGCGAGGCCUGGUGGGGCCCCACAUGUACGGAUCACAGGGAUCGACAACCCUGUAUCUGUAUAUGCCUGCCGGGGUGGUGGAUUGGAGGAAGUGGAGAGGAAGUUGGCUGGAAUAUCUGAGCAAUUCAAGAUCCCUGUGGAGUUCAAUGGACUGAGUGUGUUUUCCCAGGAUGUUACUAGGGACAUGCUCGAUAUAAGGCCAGGGGAGGCUUUGGCCGUGAACUUUCCGCUGCAGCUCCACCGCACCCCAGAUGAGAGCGUUGACGUGAACAACCCAAGGGACGGGCUUUUGAGGAUGGUGAAGUCUAUUUCGCCCAAAGUGAUCACUUUAAUCGAGCAAGAAUCAAAUACAAACACAAGCCCAUUCCUCACGAGGUUCGUCGAGACUCUAGAUUACUACUCGGCAAUGUUCGAGUCCAUAGACAUGGCACUGCCGAGGGACGGAAAUGAUUGGAUUAACACGGUGCGGCAUUGCCUGGCAAGGGAUAUCGUCAACAUCAUCUCAUGCGAGGGAAAGGAAAGGGUGGGGCGACACGAGCUGUUCGGCAAGUGGAGGUCGAGGUUGCAAAUGGCCGGGUUCAGUCAAUACCCACUGAGCGCUUACGUGAACUCAGUGAUUAGGAGCUUGUUAAGGCAGUACUCGGAAAAUUUUACGGUGGAAGACAAGGAAGGAGCCAUGUUGUUGGGUUGGAAGCAGAGGAGCUUGAUAUCGGUUUCUGCUUGGCACUGACAAAAUAAGUUCUGAUCUCUAUAUCUUGACCUUUCGAGUCGACUAAACUUUAAGGGUGGCUCGCAUGUGCACCCUUAGAGCGGCCGGAGUUAUUCUGAGUGAGAGAUGUUGUAAUACGGCUUUGCCAUAUUCAAAACGAACGCUUAAACACUCAACCUACAUCUUGAGCUCGGUAGCUAUAGAAGUCACAUACAGUCUGAUACUCAUACACUUACAUACUGAUAAAGUUUGUAUGGAGUUCAGCGGAUGGACAUGGAAUGGCGUCAUUCCCCGUCGCUGCUUCGUAAAUGUAUGUGUGGUCCAAGUCCUAGAAAUUAGAAAAUGAGUACAGCCGCACUUUGUGGAAGUGCGGUUACCGACUUUGUAUUAGUUUAAUUGUCAGUGGUGUUUAACUACUUGUCUAUGGGAUUGGAGGCUUUUUA